CUCCAAGUGUUGUUGUACUCGUUCUGUUUCUUAGUGAGAGCUCAUUUAUUAAUACAAUGUUGCCUGCAACUUUCAAGCUCGCUGCUGGUAUUUCCUAUCGUCACAUGCGAAACAUGACAGGUUUGCAGAAGAAUGCGAUUGUGGCGAUCCACCACAAGCUCAGCUCUCUGUCAGGUCCAGGGCCCAGCAGUUGGAUCAGCCAUGUCCGUCGCAGGAGCUCACUGCUUAGCAGCCGAAUUGAGGAGGAGCGGGCGUGCACUGAGGUGGACCUUGCCUAUGUAAAGCAGGGACAGGAGGCCUUGCAGAAAUCUAUCAGCAUUCUCAGUGAACAGGAUGGCUGGCAGACAGAAAUUAUUACAGCCAGUGGUGAUAAGGUUUUGAGCAAGGUGCUGCCGGACAUCGGUAAGGUGUUCAAGCUGGAGGUGGUGCUGGAGCAGCACCCUGACGACCUCUAUAAUGAGUUGGUGGACAACAUGGAGCAGAUGGGGGACUGGAACCCAAACGUCAAACAGGUCAAGAUUCUCCAAAAGAUUGGCCAGGACACCAUGGUCACUCACGAGGUCUCGGCUGAGACUCCUGGUAACGUGGUCGGGCCGCGCGACUUUGUAAGUGUGCGCUGCGCCAAGCGGCGAGGCUCCACCUGUUUCCUAGCUGGAAUGUCCACCCAGCAUCCGGGUAUGCCAGAGCAGAAGGGCGUUGUGAGGGCAGAGAAUGGACCAACCUGCAUUGUGAUGCGUCCAAGUGCGGAAGAUCCAGACAAGACAAAGUUUACCUGGUUAUUGAGCAUAGAUCUUAAGGGCUGGAUACCAAAGACAAUCAUCAACAGGGUGCUGUCCCAAACCCAGCUGGACUUUGCCAACCACCUGCGCCAGAGGAUGAUGGUCAGUGGUGGGCUGGAGGCGGCUGCUCUGGCCUGCUGACCCCUCUGGCCUGUGGCUGCACGUCGGACGCUUGGCUCCUGAGCGCGGGAUUCGCUGGCAGCCUCCUUCUUAAGUACAGACUUGCCCAGCCAUGAUCUCCUUCACACCCACUUUUGUAAAUACUACAGUACACACAUGAUUCAAGAGGAAAAUGUUGCCCAACCCCCAAUCAGUUUAUAAUAGCUCAGUGGAGUCUGAAUGCCCCAUUCCAUUCCUGACAGGUAUUUUGAAUCCAAACUGUAAAUGUAGCAGAGUAUCUGGAUGCACAAGCUCCUUUUACCAUCCUGUUGGUCUGCCAACCUGUGUGUCCACUGCCUUCUGCAAAUUGUUCUGCCAUUUAUCUAGUUCUCUCUAGUCCAAAUGUCUAUGUAUUUCCAAUCACAUGUGGUCACUUUGUUUGUAUAAAGAAAAACACUUUUAUCUUUAAUAUUUAUUACGUUUAUGUCAUUGCCUGUCACCCUGGGUAAGGAUGUCUG